AUGCCUCUAAGAGGAAAAACUGACGAGACUGCUAUCUUCAAUAGCUUAUUAAAAUUUAGAGUAGACGCAGGAAAUACUAUUUUAAAUGACCAUUUGCAAAAUUCUGCAGCAAAUGCGACUUAUACUUCACAUAGAAUUCAAAACGAACUUAUAAAUAUAUGCAAUGAAGUGUUACUAGAACAUAUAAUUAAAGAUGUAAAGGAAAGCCAGUUCUUUUCAGUCAUUGCUGAUGAAUCGUGUGAUAUAUCCGGUAUAGAGCAGCUUUCGUUAGGAGUACGAUUCGUGCACAAAAUGUCAACCGGUAAAUUCUGUGUAAGGGAAGAAUUUUUAGGCUUUGUACCAUUGCAACGUUUGGACGCCGAAACUAUAUCUGAACAAAUUCUGUCCACUCUCAUAAAAUUUGGGCUUGAUCUAUCAAAAAUGGUCGGUCAAGCAUAUGACGGUUGUUCUACUAUGGCGGGAAAAAUAAGUGGAGUUAGAAAACGAAUUGAAGAUAAAUAUCCAAACGCAAAUUUUUUUCAUUUUUGUUUGUUUGUUAUGGCUGAAUAUUCUUCUAUGUUGGAACCAGUUGCUAAUGUCCUCUAA